GUGGGAAAUCCUCCGGAUCCACAGAUGUCAAGCUCUAAACCAGCUGUAUAUAUUCUUUGUCUUGUGUUAUCGUAGUAUGGAAAAUAACAGCGAUAAGGGAGAUUUCGAGAAAACCCUUGCAAAUUUUAUGAAACACAAGUUAAAUGAAAUACCCGAAUCCCCCAUAAUCCAUCAGCUAGUUAGAUCUAGAAAUGAGGAGAAACUUCUAGAAUAUAUCACAGGCGGAUGUGACGUCAAUAUACAGAAUCAUGACGGAUCAACGGCUCUUUAUGUUGCCGUAGAUGAAGGAAAUGAUAGAGCAGUAGAAAUUCUUGUGCAAAAUGGAGCUGUUAUCAACACAAAGAAGAAUCCGAUGCAUGCCAUUAAAAAUGUGGCCAUUGCACAUUUACUGCUUCAGUCCAAAGGUGACGUCCAUGCAAGAGAUGAAUAUGGAAAUACUCCAUUGCAAUUUGUGAUAAAAUCAUAUUCACGUGAAAAAGAAAAUUUGGUUGAGUUGCUUUUGUCUCAUGGUGCAGAUAUACACAGUAGAAAUGCUAGUGGCCAAACAAUACUGCACGUUCUAUGUUCGUGCUUUGUAAAAGAACCAGAAAGUUCGAUACUGACUCAAAAGCUGAUCGAGAUAGGCGCAUGUGUAAAUUCCAAAGAUUCUCACAACAGAUCACCAUUACACUUAGCUGUCAUAAAUCAGUACUCGUAUAAGUACAAAACUAUCAAUAUCUUGAGAAAUUAUGGAGCUUCGCUCUCAGACUUAGAUUUGCAAGGACUUAAUCCCAUACACCACUUCAUUGACGAAUCGGGAGGAUGUUCAUACGACGAAGAAGACAUAUCGAUGAAAUUCAUCGACUCUUUCCUUGUUGAUGAGCACACUGCAAGUUUGCGCACCACAAAGGGACAGACCAUUUUGCAUCUUGCCAUCCAAGAAGUCCCGCUGGAAAUUCUCAAGUACCUCGUGAAAAAAGGAUGUCAACUCCAUGUUAAAGAUAAUCAAAAACAAUGUCUUCUGCAUUACCUUCUCGAAAGAGUGGAAUGCGCAGAUAUAUUAGAUUACCUAGUUGGUAGGGGACUUGAUGUGAAUGGUCGUAAUGUUUGGGGACAAACAGUUUUGCAUCUUGCUGUUGAGGAAGGUAAUACAGAACUUAUAAAAGGUCUUGUUCAACAUGGGGCUGACUUACAUGCGAAGGAUUUAAGUGCAAAGCAACCCUUACAUGUCGCUGCCGAAAACGGAUGGGAUCAAAUAGUUGAUUUCCUUAUAAAGGAGGGAGCAGAUAUUAAUUCACUUGACAAAUACCAAUCCACCCCUCUUCAUUUUGCUGCUUGGAAUAAUCAGUCAACGAUUGCAUUAACCCUGAUUAAAGCUGGUUGUGAUGUUGAUCUCCGAGAUAGCUGUGGACAAACUGCGUAUGAUGUCGCAGAGUUUAGAUCAAAUUUUGAUUUUCUGCAGUUUUAUCAAAAACACUACCGUCUUCAAAAUUUAAAACAAAUAAGCAAGUUUUCAAAACAUGCUAAUGAAUAUAUGACAUUGGAAACGUUUGAAGGCAUCAUAGAAUCAAAGGAAAAACUGGAAGACACAGAAAAUGUAAAGGAGUUUCUAAACAACUUAAUAAGAUUAUCCCCCACUGGAAUUGUAUACGAUGAUCCUGAAGCUGCUGAAAUUCGGGAUGCCAUUGAACAUUUUACCCAAUACAUUGCAAAGUGUCUGUCUGAAAGUGAUCCAAAAUGGAAAUGCACUGUUCAUUAUGCAGGAAGUUCUUACGAAGGGACAAAAACACUUUAUCCAGACGAAUUUGAUUUCAUCUUUUGUUUUGAUGAACUUAGUGAAAAUACAUUUUCACAAUUUGAAGAGGAGGAUGUUGAGGAAAGAGUUCAUCUUAUUUUUGAAGGAGGUGCUGAGAUCGAGGAAACAUGCCCAUCUGUUUCGGAUUAUACCCGCAUUUUUCUGUCAAAGCAUACAAAUCACUCAUACUCGGAACUCAUCGAGAAAGAAUCGAUGAUGAUCACAACUGAUGCGAUGCUGGAAGUUUUUACGCAAAUAGUAACCAACAUAGUGUACAGGGAAAACUUCCCCAAGAAUGACCGACUCAUAAUAAAAGACGUUAGAUUUGACCCAAAAGUAGUUUUUCAAUGGCAAGGUUCUAGGUAUAAAAGUCUGGAAAUAAAUGUGGAUUUUGUUCCAGCGGUGCGUCUACAAUCCUGGUCAAACAAAACGAGAAUCAGCUCAGAACUCUUCAGCUCUGAUUUGAUGCGUCUGCCUUGCCUUGCUGUUCCAAAAAAGACAAGUGAAGAAGAUGACAACCUUUGGAGGUGCUCUUUGUCGCUUGUGGAAACAGCACUGAUGAAAAGAUGUCUUCCACAUAUCAGAAAUAGCUACAUCGCUGCAAAGUCCUUGACCAAUUCAGCUGUUUGUCCCGCUGUUUGCUUUGGUGACAACAAGACAGCCAAGGAUUAUUAUUACAAGCACCACCCUGACUAUGUAUCGUCUGAAGAUGAUUUUGAAGUGGUUGACAGUAUGCAGUGUUUUCCCAUCAUACAUCCUAAAGAUGGCGUUUUUUGACGUCAUAGAAGAAAGGGCACUCCGUGAUGGUGUAGAAACUGUGAUCAAUAAAUGUUCAUCUGAGAGAGACAUGUUAGAACAACUCGUUCUUAGAGCAGACACUUCUUCGGAACCCAUCACUUUAACAUGCAAGGAAUGUGAUCACACUGUGGUACAGGAUGUUUUCAAGAAGUGUGAUGGAUGGCUUUCUAAUCGAUUCGUUCCUUCUUUCUUUAAUCCCCGACAGAAUGUUAUGGGUUCCAAAAUCCUAAAGGAAAACGGAUUCAAAGCGCAAUGUUAUUUGAAAUACAUACUUAAAAUUCUACACGAAAGUUAAAUUGAUCAUGAUGCAAUUUACUUGUUUUGUAAUGGUUCAAAAUAAAUAUUUACACACAUACAUAAA